AUGAAGUUCAUCUCCGUCUCAGUCGCUAUUGUCCUCUCUAUCGUUUCUUUUGCAGCAGCAUCUCCUGCUCCGAUCCCUGCUCCAAUCCCUGCUCCCGCUGAGAUUGUCAAGAGAUGUUCUGUUUUCCACUGCCGUGAGGCGAACCCGUCCUCUUGCUGUUCCGACAAGUAUGGAUACUGCAACAAAGAUACUGGUGAAUGCCACUGUGGAAAGGAUUGCUUUUAA